ACUGAAGCAACAAACUCAGAAAGCAAAAGUUGGUUUUCUCGCUUUCUCACUCUAUAGAAUCGUCGUUUUGCAAUUGUCAUUGUCGUUGUCGUUUUACUUUUAGGUUUUCAAAUGGAAAAAGUCGUUGGAGGAAAGUAUAAAAUUGGUCGGAAAAUUGGUAGUGGAUCAUUCGGUGUAAUUCAUAUUGGAGCACAUGUUGUAACUUCUGAGCUUGUGGCAAUUAAGAUGGAGAACAAGAAAACCAAACAACCACAGCUAUUGUAUGAGGCCAAGUUAUAUAAUAAUCUUAAAGGAGGAAGUGGUAUUCCGCGAAUGAAAUGGUUUGGUACCGAUGGAGACUAUAAUGUUCUAGUUCUUGAGCUUAUGGGACCGAGUCUCGAAGACCUCCUUUACUACUCUGGGGGGAUGUUUUCGCUAAAAUCGGUUUUGAUGUUGGCUGAUCAGAUGCUUACCAGGAUCGAGUAUUUACAUUCCAAGGGAUUCCUGCAUAGAGAUAUCAAACCAGAUAACUUCCUUAUGGGUCUUGGGAAGAAAGCAAAUCAGGUUUGUAUGAUUGAUUUUGGACUCUCAAAAGGAUAUAGGGAUCCUAUUUCAUACAAGCAUAUCCCUUACAGAGAGAACAAAAACUUAACAGGGACUGCACGUUAUGCAAGUUGCAAUACUCACAAAGGAAUUGAACAAAGUCGCAGAGAUGAUUUAGAGUCUCUUGGCUAUGUUCUUUUGUACUUUUUAAGAGGAAGUCUUCCUUGGCAAGGUCUGCAAGCUGCCACAAGAACGCAAAAAUAUGAAAAACUUUGUGAAACGAAGUUAUCAACUCGCAUUGAGGUACUUUGCAAGGCAUAUCCUGUGGAGUUCGCUUCUUACUUUCAUUAUUGCCGCUCCUUGACAUUCGAUCAACGACCAGAUUAUGUAUAUUUGAAGCGCCUGUUUCGUGAAUUGUUCACUUCUAAAGGAUAUGUUUCUGACUAUUUAUUUGACUGGACGAUUUUAAAAUAUCAGCAGAUGCAACAGACAAAGGCACAAAGUCAACCAACUGCCCCCGUUGCUGUGCUUAGCAUUCUUGAACCAGUGGAUGUUGAUCAGCAUCAAGAAGUCAAUGGUUGUACUCAAAAUGAUGUGGCAAAACCAACAAUCUAUUCCAAUCGUCCACGUGUUUGUAUGAAACUCAGGGUAUCUAAUGCUGAUAAUUUUGAUGAUGAGAAUGAGAUUCAAACAGAAAAACAAAAUGUGAAUACUAGUUCACCUAUUUCCACUGCCAUGCCAAUAGUCUCUACCGAAAAUGUCCCAAAACAGGAAAGGACUGUAGAAACCUUAAACGCGGAUCGCGUGUUAGAGAGUAAAUGUGGUGCUUUAGGUAACUUUGUUCCUUCGCUACGCCGAGUUUCAUCCUUCAAAUAGAAGGUGUGGGGUGUAGAAACUAGAACGAUUCAAGAUGAAGAAACUUACAAGGACAUUGUUGUGAAGCUUGAGGUCGAGCAUUGAGUAUAAGGAGAAGCAUGUUUUGAAGUUGAACAUAGUAGUUUGACCCAUAUUCGAAGAGAUCUUGGUAGAGGGGUCUAAUGACACUACUGAUGGUGUGUAAGAACUUGAAGAAGAGUUGAUGGCCGAUCUCGCGUUGAUUGACUUGCCUAAUUUCAUUUAAUGUUAAGUUACCAUUUUCGAAGGAAGUGCUGCUAAUUUGAAAUCGGUAGACAGUUAUUAUCGGUUACAAAAGCAACAUGAUGGCAAAGCACAAAGGCUCUUUAGUUAUAAUUAGAAUUGAAUUAUUGUAAAUAAACUCAAAUAAGUCAAUAUAAACAUAUCACAAGACAAAUGCUAAACUCUGCUUGGGUAAGUGUCAAGCUCUUAAAGCAUGGAAGUUGCUUUCUUAAUUUCUUAAAAAUUAUAGUAUUAGCAAUGUAACAGGAGGUGAGAUUCUCACACUUCUAACACUAGACGCCACACACAUCCGAAAACAAUGUAUAGUUCUCUGCAGUUCCCACACCUUUUUUUAUUAGAUUCGAGUAACAUAGUUGUUCAUUUUCUUUGA